GUUGUACCCGGGAAGGGGAGGGACUCUAACAACAAGUCUGUGGCGCUGCUGAGCUGCUGCUUACAGGGCUGCACCAGUGCAACGUUUUAAUCCGAAACACUCGAUUCCGUGCCUGUUGUUUUUGCGUAAAAAAAACAAGUGAGUGACGCUACAAAGCAUCGCAGCUUUUAUUUUUGUUCAUAAAACGCGUUUUGCACCGCUCUGCCCGGCCCGGCCUGCACCUUGUGCCUGUGCAGAGGGGGGGGGGAAAGCCCACAGCGCAGGCUAAUGGCAGUCGGGUUCAUUGCUGCCAUAAAAAAAACGCCAAGUUGUCCGUGAACUUUGUCACAUUUCGGAGCCAUGUCCAGCCUGCUGCUGGUAAGAAACGGCAGAAGAGCGGUAUCGCUAAUCGGCGGGGGGCGCAGAGGCACCGACGCACUUUCAGGAGUUCAUCCGGUGGCGCGGCGCUCCAUCAUAGAUAUGUCCUACUCAGCGCACUUCAUGGAUUUUAAAGGAUCCUCCAUACCGAGCAGCAUGAAAAAGCUGGUCGUAAACAAGCUAAGUCCUAAAUUUAGAGACGCCGUUUCUAUGCAAACCGUUUUGCUUCCGACACCCGGAGACGCGGACUUGCUCGUCAGAAAUCGUUUUGCAGGAGUCAACGCCUCUGACAUUAAUUACUCAGCAGGCCGCUAUGACCCCUCGGUGAAGCCCCCCUUCGAUGCCGGUUUCGAGGGUAUCGGUGAGGUUGUUGGCCUCGGCCUUAGCGCCAGCUCCAGUUACACCAUCGGGGACACGGUGGCCUACUUCGGCAGUGGUGCGUUUGCCGAGUACACAGUGGUGCCAGCCAAGGAAAGUGUGCGUGUCCCUGCGGUGAAGCCAGAGUUCCUCACCCUGCUGGUCAGCGGUGCCACAGCCUACAUCGCCCUCAAACGUCUGGGUGACCUUACCAAAGGUGAGACGGUGCUGGUCACGGCGGCCGCAGGAGGAACGGGACAGUUCGCCGUGCAGUUUGCCAAACAGGCCGGUUGCCACGUGAUCGGGACCUGCUCAUCCAACGAGAAAGCCGGCUUCCUGAAGUCCAUCGGCUGCGACAGGCCAAUCAACUACACCACAGAAGACCUGGCGAAGACGCUGCGGAAAGAGUACCCACAAGGCGUAGACGUGGUGUAUGAGUCAGUCGGUGGCAGCGUCUUAGAACUCGCAGUCAACAGUUUGGCCACUAAGGGCCGGCUCAUAGUGAUCGGCUUCAUUUCGGGGUAUGAGACGGCAUCAGGGAUCCCACCCUUCAGAGGGGGUACGCUGCCGGCCAAGCUGCUCCAGAAGUCAGCCAGCAUUCGAGGUUUCUUCCUGCCCCACUUCCUCAGUGACUACAAGGAGGCUCUGGGUAGCAUGAUGCAGAUGUUUGCCAAGGGAAAGCUAGUGUGUGAGGUGGAUUGUGGGGAUUUGGCAGAGGAGGGAAGGUUCGUAGGCUUGGAGUCAGUGUUCCGAGCUGUAGACUUCAUGUAUGCUGGGAAAAACGUGGGCAAGGUGGUGGUGGAUGUGGCACCACCACCUGUUAGCAAUAGCAAGCUGUGAAUUACCUGAUCGUUCAGGCUCUAAGAAAAUCAUACUUGAACGCAAAUGAUUAAGUAAAAAACGGAAAAUGAAGGGCUUUAAUCGUUUUGUCUCUAUUCUUGUAAGAUGAUUGAUAUAACAUUAUAAGUAAAUCUACACAUUGCUUUCACAAAUACAAAUAAUGAGUAACUUUAUUUUCAUAGUUUUUGAAACCAGAAGUGUUUUUUUUUCAUUAUUUACAUGAAGUCAUUCGCAAGACUGAAUUUAGUUUAAAACAAAAAAAUAACUAAUAACUCUGAAUUGAUAUAUUAUAUAUAUAAUUGCAUAAGGAUUCUGAUUAAAAAUCUGAAACGGUA